AUGAGCAGCAUACCCAAACAACAAAUAGGAGAAGUCUAUCGUGCAGUAUCCAGCAUUGUCUUGCGCCGACUUCCUCUGAAAGAAGCAACAUCUUCAACCACAGAUCUUAAAGAUACAUUCCGUAAACCCAAUGAAAUCUUAUACUUGUUGGUCAAGAAACCUCGCAAACAUCAUGCAUAUCAAUUUCCUCAGGGCGGACAAGAUCCUGGUGAAACGGCAUCCGAAGCUGCUCUCAGAGAACUAAGAGAAGAGUGUGGCUCCAAUCUUAAAGUAAAACUGAUAGACAAAUCACCUGUAGGUGCCUAUCAAUACAAUUUUCCACCCAAAUUCAACCGAUGGGAUCAUUCAGUGGGUGCCAGAGUGUCCUUCUUUAGAGCAGACUGGCUGAAUGGUCAAUGUCAGCCUGACGGUAAAGAGAUCAUUGAUUUUGCAUGGCUCACCAAAGAGGAGCUUGCUGAUUAUAUACAUCCGGAAUACAAGCAAGCCAUAGACUCAUUCUUGCAGUAA